AGGGCGCGGAGGGCGUGGUCGACUUGUGAAAUGUCAGGGAGGAAUGGCGCUCGGCGCGGUAUUUUGAACAAUCGCCUAUUCCUUUCCCCGUAUUAUCUGGAAACGUUGGCCGGCUUGAAAACCUCGGAGAGCUGAGACUUUGCAUCAUGGAUGUGGUGUCACCAGAGCUCAACAGCCUCCUUCCUGAUGAGAUCAUGGACACUGAGGCCAUCGAGGACGUCCCUCAGUCCCAACCCGACAGCACCACGGCCAGGCCAGAGUCCAGUGCGGACACGUCAGUCCCGAUGGAGACGGAUACACCCGUGGCGGCUUCAGAAAAUCUCAGCCUCUGUUUGGACACUUCUUCAACAGGACACACGCAGGCUGUGACCACGUCCCUCACCACAGACUCUACUUUCAGCAUCACCCCUGUCAGUCAGCUACCUGUCUCGAUAUCCAGCACAUCCUCGCCCCUUUUUACCCUCAAACCCGCCAUGGCUACUUCGACGGCCACCACAAAAACUACAGACAGUUUGACAGGGACCAGUGUGACUACGAGCGGCUUACAGAAGCUCUCUGCUCCGUUCACCAUCUCAGCCGCAAACCACCAGAUCAUCCUCAACAAGGUGGCUUCGGCUCAGGCCUCUGAAGCCGCAAAAGCUGCAGGUAUGCAGCCGCAGAUCAUAAAGCAGGAUGGGCAGAAACUUUUGGUCACAGCGAUAGGAAAGUCGGGGCAGCCUAUAGUGCUGCAGUUACCCCACACAGGCGGCAAACCCGGUGUUUCACUGGCUGCAGGAGACAAUAAAUCUGCAGCUCCACAGUAUAAAGUGGUGACUAUUGGUGGGAGGACGGAGCUGAAGCCAAUGAUGGCGACUGCUGGCAACCAGCUGACAACAUUACAAGCCCAGCAGCUCAAGGCUGUGCAGAUUGCCAAGAAGACGCCGACAUCCUCAGCCGCACCGAUCAAGUUCAUCAUCACAAAAACUGUCAACAGCAAAGGUCUGAAUCCUCAGACAUCAGUGUCUCCUGUUAUUGCAGGCCGGGUCCUGACUCAGACUUCUCCUGUGCUGCCCACCAGGACCAUCACUCUAACGGAGUCCCACAACACGAGUAUUCAAAGUAUCGCAGGCAAAAAGAUCGCCAUUUCACCCCUCAAGACUCCCAGCAAGGUGACUGUGGUGUCCGUGGCGUCCCCGACCUCCAACACCUCCGGGAAGUCCGUGACUCUUCCUGUUAAUGUAGCACUCGGCCAGCAGAUCCUCGCAGUCCAACAGUCCACGUCUGCAUCUCCAGUCAAGGUGGCCACCAGUCAGGCCACGUCACAGAACAUGAAACCGGUCCAGUCUGUGGCUGUGGGAGGAGUAAGCGGCGCCCAGUUCAAGACCAUCAUCCCUCUAGCCACCCAGCCCAACGUGCAACAGAUUCAGGUUCCAGGUAGCAGAUUCCACUACGUCCGCCUCGUCACCGCGACCACAGCGAGCAGCACGGGACAGCCCAGCGGCCCCAGCACCAGCUCUAUACAGACAGCUAAACCGAUGGUGGUGAGCACAGGAGCCGUCAGGAUGUCUGUCCCCAUCGUUCCAGCACAGACCAUGAAACAGGUGGCCCCUAAGCCCCUGACGUCAGCAUCAGUCGUCACCACCACUCAGACCCAGCAGCGCCUCAUCAUGCCUGCGACUCCUCUGCCCCAAAUUCAGCCCAACUUCACCAACCUCCCGCCUGGCACCGUUCUCGCUCCGGCUCCAGGAGGCGGGAACAUGGGCUACGCAGUCGUGCCAGCACAGUACGUCACACAGAUCCAGCAGUCUCCAUUUGUGACUCUCGCUAGCGGUUCUGGUUUUGCAGCGAACACAGGAGUUCAGACUCAGGCCAAGCUGCCGCUCAACGGCUUGUCGACGGCAGACUCAACCUCCAGACAGAGGAAACCGUGCAACUGCACCAAGUCACAGUGUCUCAAACUAUACUGCGACUGCUUUGCAAACGGAGAAUUCUGCAGUAACUGUAACUGCAACAACUGCUUCAAUAACCUGGAACAUGAAACGGAGCGUCUCAAAGCUAUAAAGACAUGUCUGGAUCGAAAUCCAGAGGCCUUCAAACCCAAAAUAGGUAAAGGUAAAGAGGGCGAGUCGGACCGCCGACACAGCAAAGGCUGCAACUGCAAACGGUCGGGCUGCCUGAAGAACUACUGCGAGUGCUACGAGGCGAAGAUCAUGUGCUCGUCGAUCUGCAAAUGCAUCGGCUGUAAAAACUUUGAGGAGAGCCCGGAGAGGAAGACUCUGAUGCACCUGGCUGACGCAGCAGAAGUGAGGGUGCAGCAGCAGACGGCGGCCAAGACCAAACUGUCGUCGCAGAUCUCAGACCUGCUCAUGAGGACCACACCGGUUAUUUCAAGUGGAAGCGGGAGGCUGCCGUACACGUUUGUCACAAAGGAGGUGCUCGAAGCGACGUGCGAGUGUCUCCUGGAGCAGGCCAAGAAGGCCGAACAGACUCAUCAGCAUCAGGCGGAGGCGGAGCGGAUGAUCCUGGAGGAGUUCGGACACUGCCUCAUGAGGAUCAUCAACUCGGCAGGGAAAGCCAAAGCAGACUGUGCCUCCAUCAACUGUUAGGCCGAGCAGUUCUCUGGCUCUCCCUCGCCCCUCGAACCUAACCCGCCUCAGCUGUUUGGGGGGGGGGCGGGGCCGAGAGACAUGGAUUACUUUACAUCCUCUUGUCUCGGAUUCCCUUCCCCCCUCCCUCCCAAGGUGUCUCUCCUGCAGGGGAACAGGUUGUGUCCCUCGUCAAAAGGCAGAACAAUGGGUUAAAAGUAGAUUCAGCCGCCUUUGACAGCUGGAAUAACACACACAGAGCAGCCGCUUGUGCUGUUCACGUCUCAUAAACUGAAGGACAAAUGGACAGAGAAGACGGACUCUGAUGGACCUUUUGUCCCCUUCUGUCCACACAUGGGAUUCUCGGAAAGAAGAACAGGAACAUAAACUUUUUCUCUUAAUUUCCCUUCAAGGCUGUUUUCUCCUCCUUCUGUUCUUCCAUUUGAUUCUCUUUUCUUUUAUUCUUUCCCUUUUAUUUGAGUCUUUCUGGGAAGAAGAUCCCCGUAUGUUUUUAUGUAAUGGGUAUAUUUGUGCUUACAGUAGACAAACAAGAACAUGUUAUCUUUUGAUAUUUAUUUUGACAAGUAUUUGAAAUCAUUGUAAGCGCUAAUACCGUGUGGCUUAUAGUGCUGCAAAUUGUUUAUGAAGUAUUAAUUAACAAAGCCUAGGCUAAAUUGUUUGAAUGAAAAUGAGUAGAGGCAAUCUUUAGGUUCGACCCUAAAAUCAAUUUGAACAUAUUAUCCAUUCUGCACACUCAGAAUAGAUUAAAUACAGCGAGAUAUUUCCUCUGAUGCUGAUUUCUGUGUAAUAUUCACAUGCUUCCUAUACAUUAAAACACACUGAAUGGGAAAACCA